AUAUGAAGGGGAGGUUUUGUCGGAACAAUAUUGUUUCUUCAGUUAGUUUCUUGUUUCUAUCUCUCUUUCUUCAGAAAGAAAUAAUUCAUAUUCAAAAGAAAUAAAGAAAAAAAAGAUUUACAUAUCACACAAUGGCAGAUCAACUCACAGAUGAUCAGAUCUCUGAAUUCAAGGAAGCAUUCAGCUUGUUUGAUAAAGAUGGUGAUGGUUCCAUCACAACGAAAGAGCUCGGAACUGUGAUGAGGUCAUUAGGCCAAAAUCCAACAGAGGCAGAGCUACAAGACAUGAUCAACGAAGUAGAUGCUGACGGUAAUGGCACAAUCGAUUUCCCUGAAUUUCUAAACCUUAUGGCAAGAAAAAUGAAAGAUACAGAUUCAGAAGAAGAGCUGAAAGAAGCCUUCAGAGUAUUCGACAAGGAUCAGAAUGGAUUCAUUUCGGCUGCUGAACUUCGCCAUGUAAUGACCAACCUUGGCGAGAAACUAACCGAUGAAGAAGUCGACGAGAUGAUUCGAGAGGCUGAUGUUGAUGGUGAUGGUCAAAUUAAUUAUGAUGAGUUUGUUAAGGUCAUGAUGGCUAAGUGAUGAAACAAAACCAUACAAUAAUUCUAUAGACCAUAUAUAUAACCUUUAAUCAAUUCUCAUUAAGUUAUUCAAUUUCAUCAUUGUAAUGUAAUAUGAAUGUAUGCUAGAUAUGAGGUUGA